GGUUCGAUUUUUCUACGCAGACGGAUCGUUCAUUUCACGGUUGACAUUUUUCGGUGGUGCGAAUUUAUAUACGAUUUAUAUAUUAUUCGAUUUAAUUAUAAACGUGAACAUCAAACUGAGAAAUUGUAUAUAUCUUAUUUGUAAAAAUAGUUAAAGAUGGCUGCUCUCUUGACUCGUGCGGGUAUUUUUACUGAAAUUGUGAAUCCAAAGGUCGGACAAAAGAUUCUUGCACUUGCGACCGCUGGUAAUUUGCAGAAGAGGAGUCUCAAUGUACAGGAGCACGUUUCUUACACUCUACUCAAUGAAGCAGGAAUCCCAACACCAAAAUUCGGCGUUGCAAAGUCCGGCCAAGAAGCUAAAGAAAUUGCGCAGAAACUCGGAACGAAUAACCUUGUGUUGAAAGCACAAGUUUUGGCUGGUGGUCGUGGUAAAGGCCAUUUUAAGAAUGGUUUGAAGGGGGGUGUGCGUGUGGUAAAUACACCGAGCGAGGCUCAAGAAAUAGCCGGCAAAAUGGUAAAUCAACUUUUGGUUACCAAACAAACCGGCGCUGCUGGUCGUAUUUGCAACUCCGUUAUGGUUGCUGAGCGUAAAUUUCCAAGACGAGAGUUCUACUUUGCCGUUAUGAUGGAGCGAGCUUUUAAUGGUCCUGUUAUUAUUGCUUCGUCUCAAGGUGGUGUGAAUAUUGAGGAAGUUGCUGCCGAAAAUCCCGAAGCCAUUAUUUACGAACCCAUUGAUAUUAAGGUUGGCUUGACGCCCGAACAAGCUAGUAAGGUAGUUGAAAAGGUCGGCUUGGGCGAAUUUAAAGACGAUACUGUCAAAAUGCUGAUGAAUAUGUAUCAAGUUUUCGUAAAGAAGGAUGCUUUACUAAUUGAAAUUAAUCCAUAUGCCGAGGAUGCCCUUGAAGGAUUCUUCGCAUUGGAUGCCAAAUUUCGCUUUGAUGACAAUGCUGAAUUCCGUCAGAAGGAGUUAUUUGCUUUGCGUGAUUGGACACAAGAGGAUCCCAAAGAAGUGGAGGCGGCCAAAUACGAUUUGAAUUACAUUGCUUUAGAUGGAACCAUCGGCUGUAUGGUAAAUGGAGCUGGUUUGGCUAUGGCGACUAUGGAUAUUAUUAAGUUAUAUGGAGGCGAUCCAGCCAAUUUCCUUGAUGUUGGUGGCGGUGCAACUGCACAAGCUGUGAAAGAGGCCUUCAAGAUUAUUACUGCCGAUCCGAAAGUCCACUGUAUUUUAGUGAAUAUUUUCGGUGGAAUUAUGCGUUGUGAUGUCAUUGCAGAGGGUAUUAUCGCUGCUGCCAAGGAUCUGAACAUGAAAAUGCCAAUAGUUGUCCGAUUGCAGGGUACAAAUGUAAAUGAAGCACGAGAAUUGAUCCGUCAAUCCGGUCUGAGGAUCAUACCCCGUCACGAUUUGGAUGAGGCUGCAAAUUUGUCUGUUCACUUGGCCCAAAUUGUACAUUUGGCACGUGAAAUGAACAUGGAUGUCAGCUUUGAGAUUCCUGACAGCGUGAAGUAGAUAUUUUAUAUUACAGAAAAAAUAUACACAAUUCAACGAUAACAACACGCAUUAGCUCGGGAUCAAGUCUUAUCUCACAAAGGCACGAUUAGAAUAACGUAAUACAUACAUACUUCUACACCUGAAACAAAUAAUGUACAUAUAUGCAUUCAUAUACAUACAUACUUCAAGAACUCGAAAGCCUUAAGUUGAAAAAAUUUAACAUACACAUACAUAUGUAGAUCAGUUUAAGUGUAAAGUAACUGAUUAGUUAUCAUUAGUAAAAAAACGAACGAAUAUUUGUAUGCGUUGCUAUUAAAACUACAAAUACGAGUACGAUUAUUGCAAAUAUUACCGCAUUUCUUUUAUUUUAUUUUAAAAUUUUCUAUUUUUAGUUUACUUUCAAAUGUUUUUUAUCCUCUGCAAGUAGCGGACUGUAGUUUUUAAUUUGCCUUGAAGGCAGCUUGAAGUUCUAUACCUUGAAAACGCUUCAUCUGGUUUUCUUUUAUGCAUAUUUAUUGUUAUUCCUACACAUAGAUUAUAAUACAUUGUUCAACAAUUAAAAGCUAUUUUAAGAUGAACUACUACAAACAAAUA